CAAGGUAAGGUAGUAUUUCUGGGCUGGGCUACUACAAGAAACCCGUUCAGAUGGGAAUUUCAGCAGAAAGAGAGGUACAUCUGGCUACCGUCCUGGGUCUAUUCUACGCUGUAAUAUACGUUUUCACUUGUUUUUGUCUAUUUACACUCUCGAUCAUUGCCUCCGUCGAUCGUGCUUGCGCACGGGCCAGCUACCUAGCUAUUAAACAGUAUCAAUGUCUGACAGUACAUGAUAUCCCUCGCCCCAUCUUCAUAGUUGGAGUGGCGUCGUCAACACCACGCUGUAAGUCGUCAAGGCGCACGGUCGCCGUGAAGAAAGCGUGCGCAGUGCACCGGCGUCGAAAAUGCUGCUGGUAAUGCGGGAGAUCCUAUAACUAGAAAGCGUUGCUGUCCCACGGUUUGUUUGUAGCUCGGAG